AUGAACGCUCAGGUGCGUCUCUCUGUGCUGCUCACCUGCUGGACUGUGACUUCCGUCCUCGCUUCUUUGGAGCGCACGGCUCACGGCUGGAGCACACGUGCCAUCGGUAGGGCCGGUGCGGCUCGGGUGACACACAUCCGUGCAGGGCCACCGUUCCUCAAGAGCGACAACAAAGGAAUCGGCCUCCCGAGCAAAGUACACGCGCCUGCAACCAUCAGCGCACCAGGAAGAAAGGUGGGAGCUGCAGGGGGCGGAGCUGGUGUCCUCAGAGGCUCCUCCAAGGUUCCUAAGGGUUCUGUUCAUCCGGCUGCAAGUGUCAAGGUGACACCGCACGACUACAUGUUGUCUCUGUACUGGAGCCGCUCACACGACCCGCGCAACCGCAGCAUGGCCGACACCGUCACCAGCUUUGUGGACAGAGGUCAAGAUGAGCGUGGGUCCAUUCUGAGGCGUCAGCAGUACCACUUCAACAUUUCUGUGGAUCCGGAUGAACUUCUGGGAGCGGAGCUUCGCAUCCUGAGAAAGCGCUGGCCUGACCCCCGCAAGGCGGCGCUGGGCGGGGCCAGGUGGCUGAAGCUGUACGAGUGUGGAUGGGCCGGACAGAAGGCCGUCCUGCUGCAGACGAUAGCGGCGGGGCCGUUGGAGGGUUCUGGCGGCAGGUGGGAGGUGUUCAACGUGUGGAAAGCAGUGAAGGGCUUAAAACGGACCCAACAGAACCAGCCACUGUGCUUCCAACUGGAAGGGGGCGGUGGUGCCGACCUGCGCUCGCUGGGCUUGGGCCGACCCAGAAGGAGCGACAAGGAGAAGGCCUUCCUGCUAGCGUUUGGCAGGAGCAGCAAGUCUGACCUGUUCUACAACGAGAUCCAAGCCCGAUCCGGUCACGACAACAAAACUGUUUAUGAGUACUUGUUCACGCAGCGACGCACGAGGCGGGCUCCGCCCACCGGGGCCCUCCAAAAGCUGCCCCCUCAGACCCUCCCGCCAAAGACGCAUGCGCGUUGCCAGCGGCGCCGCCUCCACGUCAACUUUAAAGAGAUGGGCUGGGACGACUGGAUCAUCGCGCCGCUCGACUACCAUGCCUUCCACUGCGGCGGCGCCUGCGACUUCCCUCUGCGAUCGCACAUGGAGCCUACCAACCACGCCAUCAUACAGACCCUCCUCCACUCCAUGGACCCGCCCUCAGCCCCGCCCUCCUGCUGCGUUCCCACGCGCCUUAGUCCAAUCAGCAUCCUGUACGUGGACUCCAACAACAACGUGGUCUACAAGCAGUACGACGACAUGGUGGUGGACGCCUGCGGCUGCAGGUAG